CUAGUCUAGACUAGAGGCUGGAUUACCCCGCAUAAAUGCGAAGAUAGCAGAGCGCAAUUCAUGGCGAGCGGUUACUAUUAGAUCCAAAUAGUGAUUAGGGACUAGACUACACAUCUCUUUGAGAAGCGUCUUUAUUUCAAUCACGUUCAAGGGAAGCUAAAGAGCUAAAGUUCAUUAGAAUAAAAUGCUUAUUAAACCUAGCACGAUCACUAGUGCUGUAGCGGGCCUUGCCAUCCCAUUCGGCAAAUUUGAAGGUCAAACGCCACUUAGUUCGACGUCAAUGAGCAUGGGUGCAAAAUUCAACAUCACUAAACAAGAUGAGAGCAUCUGUGAUGCUGGAAGUCGUCAAUGGACUGGCUGGGUCCAUAUUUCUGACGAGAAAAGUCUCUUUUUCUGGUUCUUCGAGAGUCGCUCUAACCCGACGACGGAUCCCGUUGUUUUAUGGAUGAAUGGAGGACCUGGUGCUUCUUCGAUGAUAGGGCUCUUCGCAGAGAUGGGUCCUUGCCAAACCAGCACGAGUACAACCGGAAACAAUGGAACUUAUCUCAACGAUCACAGUUGGUCGAAUUUUGCUAAUCUUCUUUUUCUUGACCAACCUGCCGGUGUUGGCUUGUCAUCAAUCAAUGGAAGCACGCUAGGUGGUCCUGAUACUAUCACGGAAGCAGCCGAAGACUUCAACGAGUUCCUCUCGACCUUCUUCGUGGAAAUCUUUCCUCACUUUUCAAGCAACCCGUUUCAUAUCGCUGGGGAAUCCUUCGGGGGAACGUAUGUCCCAGCAUUUGUCCACUACAUCGGCAUGCGGCAACACCUCGGUAUUCCUGGAGUCUUCAAAACUCCAAUUCAGUCCAUCACGCUGGUCGAUGCUGUUGUUGACUACAUGGGAUCUGGCCCUCUCGGCGAAUAUGAUCACAUGUGUCAAUUUGACAAGGGUGGGAAUAACCGACUGAAGCUAGGAUUCAACGAGACGACUUGUCGCACCAUCGAACUCGGGGUACCAGAAUGCCAGAGACUCAACAAUCAAUGCAUCGAAACUUACGAUUUGAAUAUCUGCGAGGCAGCAUUCGUCUAUUGCUGGAAAUUUAUAGACUUGAUAGAAGAUGGUGGUCGUGUAAUUUACGACGACCGUGCGCUUUGUAAAGGCGAAUACCCUCUAUGUGGUCUGGAUGGCAACUUUUCAGAGUAUCUCAAUCGUCCACAUUUCCAAAGAGCACUUGGACUAGAGAGAUGGAACUUCACAGCCCUGAAUUGGGAUCUCAACGACCGGUGGGGUUUCAGCAAAUAUGUGUACAUGCCUACCACACGCGAAAUGACAUGGAUUCUUGACGAAUCACCUAUUCGUGUCUUGGUCAUCAAUGGCAACAACGAUAUCAUCGUCAAUACAGAAGGACAAAAGCGGGUGUAUGAUGCUCUUCCAUGGAACCACCAAGCCAAGUAUCGGAUGCAGAAAUUCGACGACUGGCAUUGGCCAGACCAGUCUGGAAAGAUGAUAAAAGGAGGCCAAUUCAAAACCGCGAAUAAGAUGUCAUUUGCCUCAGUUAAUGAUGCUGGACAUACGGCGCCAGGCGAUCAGAAAGCAGCUGUCGCUUUCUUGAUGGCAUGUUGGUUGUCUGAUGAUAAGGUCGAAGCGUGCCCGUUCUAAUCGUUUACUGCGAUCAAAACACUCACCACUACAAUGUAGCCCCUUGACCGAAUCGAGAGCAGCAAUGUAACUCAAGGUCGUGGUUUGAGAGCACGCUUGAAUCAGUGGGGGCAGUGGUGAAUCUAUUAGAGCCAGGACCUUUCAGCACCCACCCUGUAGUUGUGCCUUGUUGCCCAACUUCUUGCAAGAUGCUUCGCAAUACAAUUACGCGCGCUCUUCUGUUGAAGCGUGCAUGCAAUCAAUGGAUAUUUUGAUGCUAAAAGUAAUCCAGCUGUGUCAAUAGGCACAGAAUGGCCGAUAUGCUAAGCCUACGACCAGCCAUUGUAACCGCGCCGUCUAGGCGACAUCUUCAGAGAUGUAAGUACACUAAUGCCCGCCAUCGAUGCGUGGUUAAAAAAAGCUAUUGGCAGCCUUUCAGAUAUGACUUCCAUAGAUUUCACGGACAUGUAUCAAUAUGUUGCAUUGACUUCAAUUUGCAAUGUUUCAACUGAGCUCUCUGC